AGCUCUAACACGGGUGGUCCUCCGCUUCUAUCGAGGUCGUGUAGUUGUACAGACUUUACCUCCUGCUACAACCAGGGAAGAACUUUUUUUGCGUCAGCGUUUACCCACAACGAGGAAGAUGAUGCGCGGCUUUCGUCUUGUGAUAGUCGUUGUUCCGUUGCUUUCCUUCCUGGCAAUUUUUUUGCCGACUGCCACACCGGUUUCCGCUUCCGCAGACGCAAGUUCAUCAUCCACGAGUCCCACCACCAAAUUGAAAACCAACUACAAGUGGAAGGACGUUCUCCCGGUGGACCGCCCCUGCGUUUCCCUGAUCGACUGGUGGGUAUCCCAGCCGCUUUUCUCCUUUCUGGACAAACCCAAAGCCUACCCGAACUUCGACGCAUUUCCGUUGCAGUGGGACGCAUAUGAGCAGAUUUUUCAGAAAGCGGAGGUGUUUGAGGAGAAGCAGAAGCUGGCGAACAAGUUGCUGAAGAAAAACAAUGCGAGGAUACUUCUCGAAGAAUACGACGAUGGCACGAGCCAGGGCCACGCGGUGGAUGGGGAAUUUAUGUACGUGAAAACGUUUGAAAUGUCCUACGUGGAUAAAGCGGCCGAGAGGGAGAUGAAAAGAGACUGUUGCGGUGAGGAAUCCUCUCCAACUGGUACAGACGGGCUGUUCGACCAGACGCCAAAAAUGGGAAUAGAAACAGCAGGAGGUGGUCCACCUGCUGGAACAUCACAGCCGCGGCCUCCCACAACAUCCACCUCCGAGGACCCAGACCCGGAAGACACGUCCGAUCCAGUCUCCUCCUCCGCCCAGCUAACCACCUCCUCUUCCAUCACGACGCGGAAUAUUAACAAGAAAACCAAAUCGUUUCACAAGUGGAAGAAAUUUUUGAAACAACGGGAAUCGCUCCACGCGGUGACCAUGCAGACCCACAAACCCCUCCACCAGAACUUCUGCUACAACGUGUUAAAAAACUUGUUGAACCUCCUAUCCCACUUCUCCGACCCGCAGGCGCUCGGCUGGCGGAUUCAGACGCACCGGUCCAUCGAGGGGAAGUUGUACGACCAAGAUGUGAACUAUUUGUUCAAAAGAGUCCAACACUAUGCAUUGCAAAUAUGUCUCCUGGGUCUGGAAGGAUGCAACUUGUGAUGCUGGAUUUGGAUUCUAGAUAAAUCUGUAUUGCAUGAGCAGCAAAAUAGGUCCAGUUUUUGCGACGGCGAGAGGGCAUUUCUCAUGCGGUACUUACAGGCCUCACUAUCAGGAGGAAGCCCCCCUCACAAAAUCUGUGAUGCUAGGGCGUGCAUCACAGACGUCGAGAGUCAUGCAGAAUUUGCAUGACAAACAUUCCACUCUUCCAGACCCAGACAUAUUUGCAGGUGAUAAACGCGAUCUGUUCACCAUCAUGAUGAUGACCUCCGUCCGCUUCGAUUUGGUUCACGGCGUCCAUCCGCAAAUUUUAAAGCCCAUUUUCGCGACGUUGUCGCACAUCGCGCGAGUGCGAAGGAAUAUCGGGUUUCAGAGGUGUGUGUCCGCGGUGCGGGCUGUGGAUGAGGAAGAUAGUACGAGUGGGUCGUCUGCAACUUCUCCAGCAGAAGCAGAAGGCACGACCGGCAGCAGCUCUAGUUCUGAGCAAGACAAAUCCAAAUCGCCGCGGCAGAAACAAUUUGAGCAACUGUACCCGGGUGUGUCUCUAUCCGAGAUGGAGAAACACGCAAAGUUUCUGGAGGACGAGAGAAAACGCUGGAAGCAGGCAUUGGACGCUGCGAACGCGAACAAAGUAGAGAAAGCUGGAAAGAAAGGAGUUGGGGCUGAUAGCACGCAGGACACAUCAGAAGCCGAUCUGGAACUCAAAGCGAGUGGUGCUCAGCAGGAAGCUGUAGGCGACGAUGAUGAUGAUCCUGAAAACGAUGAGAAAACGUUCCCUUCCUCGACACUGCUCAUCUCCAGUUCGAAAACGGAAAAGGACGAGGUGACGAUUCUACGAUCUGGCAAAACGAUUUCAAAACGGGAUCGGAAGUCCAAGCUGUUUCCGACUGUUGAGUUUUUACCUCCAGCUGCAACAGGGGAAGUAGCACAAGCAAGUCGCACAAAUCACGGGUCAGAAGAAUCAACUGUGGAGGCAGCCAUUUCUUUCACCUCCGAGCACCAAGCUUUGACUGCGAUGCUGAAUGAGCUUGAGGUGGACAAAAACCAGCGACAGUUCCAACUUCGGGGCUUAGACUAUCUGUACACGAACGACCGCCCCGUCAGCUACUACGGAGACUUGUCUGUGUCCAAAUUCCGGUCGGCUCAUUGGAGCUACCUGGGCUUCGCGAAGGAGGAUCUAGUGGAAGAGACUUACGAAAACUGCUAUCUGCCGGGGCGAGUACACGCGGAAGCAGGUACGGAAAGGGAAACAAGCGAUGCGCCGGCAGUUUUCACUGGACAACAAGGAUCAGAUGUACUAGAUGAAACGGCCCAAGAGCAGCGACCAAAUAUAAUCCACAUCGACCCGGAUAAGGUUUACACCGACACCUGCUGCCACCUGACCGAACGGUCGGAAGGGGUGGUCCUUGCGGACGCCUGGGCGGCUUUCGUGCAGGCGCGUAGGAUAUCAAGUGCAAAAAUGUCUGGGUCUGGAAGAGUGCAUUUUUGUCAUGCUUGUCUGGCAUGACUCUUAAAUCUGUCAUGCACGUUACCCAAGAGCUCCACUUUUCUGUGACGCAGCAACGUAGUUUGUCAUGCAGAAUAGGCGACACCUAGAACCUCAGAAGCUUGUCAUGCUGAGCCAGCACUUGUGGCCUCAUCAGGAGACGCCGCCAAGCAUUACACGUUUGCAGACCCAGACACUUUUGCAUUUGAUACAGGAUGAAACGGGAGUUCGUGGACGAGUUUUACCGGCAGCCGCAUCGACUGUGGACCCAAGAGGCGACGUUUAAAGUGGAUACAGCGACCCAACUACACCCAAGCUCCGCAUCGGGAACUCUGAAACAGCAGCACAAAUCCGCGCAGAAGAACCACACGAUCGUGAUUCACGAACUGUUUAUGGAGAGAAAAAAGUUUAUCACAGUCACUAAUUUGCAGGGUUUGCAUUACAAAUUUUCUUAGCAUCACAAAUUUUCCUUGUAUUGCAGAAACACUAGGGAAAUCCCUAAUAAAGUUUGGCUGCGAUGCAUUUUUGCGCAUGACAAACAGUUUUGUAUUGCAAAAAUGCGCAUGAGUGAUCGUGACGAACUUUUUUUGUUUGAUACUGUUUCAGUCCAGAUUCGACAUUCUGCUUCUCCACCAUUUGGAAAACGGGGCGGACCUAUAUCAACCGGAAAAAUCCUCCCUCCCCAUAUCAAAACGGAAAUCUGUGAUGCAGAUUUGUUGCCACAAGUCAGCUUUGUCAUUCUAUACGGGAAAAAAUGCGGACUGUAGUGCUGGGUGGCGUUGGGAAGCCGUGCAUCUUCAGCAUGAUAGGAGGCAGCUGAGAGUGGGAAACAGCAUGACAAAUUGCCUGCAAACGAGGCCACAACUGCGGCUCUUGGCCUUCUAGCAUGACAAGUCGAUUUGUGACCUCAAAUACAGCAUCACAACUUUCGUUUUCGAUAUGGGGAGGGGGGAUUUUUCCUUUCGAUAACCUAGCCGGCGCGAUCACGUUGCUCAGAAACGAAUUGGAGUACAUGCACUUGAACGACAUGCACCUAUUCGAAACGGUCAUGGACCCUGUCACGAAACUCUCGAAUUCCCACAUAUGACAGCGCACAACAACUCCCGCCCCUCGUUCUCAUUUCUCAUGCAAAAUCCACAAUUUCGCUUGCUCCCUUGCGACACUAUUAUGCAUGACAAUUUUCGAACGCCCAAGCAGUGCAAGUGCAACUACAUUAAGUACAUGAAUUUGUAUUGCGCAAGCUCUAGGGUCGCUGGCGUUCGUAUUGCUGUUCAUGCAAUACAAAUGAGGGGGAGGGGGAGUAGUUGUGCACUGUCAUACCACAUCCCCGCACUUCACAAGUGGCUCGAAUCACCGCUUUUUCCGGUUCUCGAAAAGCUCGCGCUCCCUAGCAAAUUAGAGGACAUCCCGGUGAGCUACUCGGAGGUGUAUCGCGUCGACAAAAACGGGUUUUACGCGCCGCGCGCCGUUCCUUUUUUCUACGUCUUGCCCCAGCGGGAUCUGAUCGCCGACGCGGUGCGCAGAAAACACGCACUGGACUGUCCGGUCUCGUCUGAAUUGGAAAAGUACCGCGCAAACACGGAUCUGUUUCUGGAAAUCGGGGGGUUUUUCGGUGACUGCGUGAUCGCGGCGGCGACGGUUGGGUGGGCGCGCUACGGGGUAAUCGAAUUGGACGGCAGUCGGGCGGCAAUCAAGGUGCUAAACAAAACUUUGGACAAUCUGUUCGCGAAAACGAACCAGUACGUGAAGAACUACCCGGCGGAAUAUGUCUUCGUGCACGGCGUGGACUACAAAUUGAAGGAUGAAUAUGGAACUGACAGGAUCGAAAUUGACAAAAUCAAAAAAUUUGUGAUGCGUAAAAUGCUUGACGCGAAAUACGUGUGUUGCAGUGCAGGCAAGUGAGGCCGAUUGCAAAAAGCCUGCUUGGGGAUAAUAUAGGUCGAGCUGCUAAAGCAGCAUGAGAGAAUUAGCCUUCUUUGCCUAAACAGCAUUACAACAAACUGGAUUUAGGCACCGCCAGAAUUUGUCAUGCGCCACUUAGAAACUGGGCUCGAACUGGAAUCCAUUCUAUGCAUUGCAAAUUUAUCGAUUUUGUCGACUUCGAUCCUGACACUCCCAUAAAGAAGAAUGGAAGUUCGCCAAAAUCGCCGCGUCUCCGAUACUAUCCUGUGCAAAAGCAUCGUACUCGUACAAAUGCAAGUCUUGCAUUAGAAAUCUCGUUUCCAAGGCAAAUCUGCAUUACAAAUUCUAUUUCUCAUGCUGAGGAAGUUUGUAAUGCAUUUAUACGAGUACGAUACUUUUGCAAUGCAUAGAUACCGGUCAGGGAGGAGGAGGAGGAGACGCCGCUAGCUGUGAAGGUAAAGAAGUGGCGGGACGAGGGCUCAUGGGAGCAGGAUGUUGGAAUUACAGAAGUAGAGCCAAGAGAGAUUGUAUCAAAUCAUCCGAAAAUAAAUGACGAAGAAGCUGUACAGCUAUUGGAUGACAGUGCACCAGCACCCGCAGCACCACAGGAUGAUCUUGAGAAAAUAAGUCCUGUAUCGCCCCUUCAGACUUUUUUCAACGCAACCAGCAGCCGAUUUUCCUUCCCCAUCACCCUCAACGCCUUCGACUCUGGGAAGUUUCUGGCUCGGGCCGCGGCCCUGUUCAUUUCGGACAAGUCAGGGUGGUACAGGCCGGUCGAGCGGAAGCUGCAUUAUCACAAGAACAAGAACAAGUGUUAACGUUAACGGAAUUUGUGAUGCAUUGAUGCAUCAGAAAAGGUGCCCAAAUUUGUAUUGCGUUGCAUGAAUGGAAGGCAAAACUUGUAAUGCAUAACUGCCAACUGUGAAACUGAAAACCGUUAACCUUAACACUUUUUCCUGUGAUAUGCAUCCGGGAAGAAACAUCGCGGAGCAGUUUGCGGAGGGCGCGAACUCCUUCACCGGCCUGCAGUUAUCCUGUGCAAGAAAAGUAUCGCACUCGUACUAAUUGCAGAUAUGCACGACAGAUCCAGCUCUCUACUUGAAUUAGCAUGACAAAUUGCAAUUUUGUUCAUCUCGAGGGAGUUUGUAAUGCUAAGCUAUUGAUUCAACAUGCUAGUAGUGCGAUAGUACUUUUGGUUUUGCAAUGCAUAGCAGUGGGUGAACUGCAAGAACGAAGAGUAUAAAGAGGAGAUGGAGAAAGUCCUGAACAAGAAUCAUGGCGAAGCUGCUGGGAUUUCUGCCGCUGCACCUCCUCCAGGAGCUGCGUCACAUCAACUACAGAACAAUGAGAACAAGAUCAGCACAAUGAACUACGGGAAGAGCGCGAACUAUGUCUCCCCAGUGUCGUCCACCUCCCGUCGCCCCUGCAUGGAGUUUGAGACGGUGGAUGGUUUCUUGCAGAAAGUGGUGUAUCCAAACUUUCUGGCCUUGCACAAAAAUCGCUUUCCGCAGACCUACAAAGAGCACAUUAGUACUUCCGUGUCCACCUCCAGCAGUGUGGAGAAGCCGGGCGUCGUCGAGCACGUAGCAGCAGCUCCACCGCCUUCCCCACGAGCAGGACCGGCUGCCCUAGCUCCGACGUACCAAGAGUCCUUCCUGGAGUCGGGAAUGCUGCGGAUCGGAGUACGGAUAAAAGUCUCGGGUACAGAAGACGCGGUCAUUCGGGGGAUGAAGGAGACGCUGAAGUCCGUAUCAAAAGGAAAAAUCCCCCCUCCCCAUACUCAAACUAGAAAUUUGCGAUGCAGAUUUGUGGUCACAAAUCAGCUUUAUCAUGCUAGAAGGGAAAACGAAAAGAUGCAGACUGUAGCGCUGGGUGGCGUGUGGGAGCCUUGCAUCUUCAGCACGCUAGGAGGUAGCUGAGAGUGGGAAACAGCAUGACAAAUUGCCUGCAAACGAGACCACGACUGCGGCUCUUGGCCUUCUAGCAUGACAAGUCGAUUUGUGACCUCAUAUCCUGCAUCACAGAUUUCCAUUUCGAUAUGGGGAGGGUGGAUUUUUCCGCUUGAUAGUCCGUCUUCUGGAUUCACAUCGCGAUCAUGCCGGAGUGCGUGAAGUGUGAUAGAAUAAUCAAACGGAUUCUUCUGAACAAAGAACAGAAAAGUUACAACUUCGAACUGGUGUCCGAAGUAAGGAACAACUUCCGGGAGGUUUUACUGCUGUUUCAGAAGAAAAGCCGGUGGAAUAGUGAUGGAGUUGCAACAUGAUCAUGAAGAACGGACAAGGCGGUGAAGAACGGACACCCGCUGCGGUAAGGGACAUCAUCAAGAAAGUUCGACUAUUGUCAAUCUUGACGCCGCUCCCUGUCGGUACGUACCACUGAGGGCAAGCGGGCUAUGGACACCAAGUUGGCUCGUGGUAGGUAAGUACUUACCUAUGCCGGGGGCAGGAUGAAGAGGACCGGGCAUUUCUUGCAGGUGAUCGGACACUACCACGAAGCUGCAUUCGCAACACCGCGGGGGCUGGGAAGCAAGUGCAGAAAUCCACCCGUGCAGCGCCGACGGUGUCGGGUACUAAAAAAGCAGGGCAGGGACUGCAGAGCCUACCACGCAAGUAGACCACGAGGAAGUAAAGGAUGGCCGCGUGCCAGACCCGAAAUAAAACGCAGCGUUUUUUCGCCGCGGUGAGAGCGGUCAUUAGCGUUGCUUGGUGUAAGUGCUGCUGCUGUGGUGGUUGAAUAAACUACGAGGAGGAGGACGAGGAGCGUGCGGUUGUUUCACCCGGGUUUUCGAGGGGAAAAAGUUGUGUCACCAUUAUGUCAGAAGAAACGCAAAUCAGAAGUUCUCGCGGUUGCGUGGGACUUCUACACGGACAAUAAUAUCAUGAGGACGCUAGUACCAGGAGAUUGAAUGUUGAACCAACAUCAUCAAUGCUGCGAGGUUCAUUCUGCGUCUAAGUGUGUACUCGCUCGCCAAGCAUGCCCUCUUACUGCGCAAUUAAGUAGUUUACCACGAUGGAUAUUAAUGCAGCACCUGUAUUGAUGCAGAUAAAAGCGUCCUUCAUUUGAUCACAAUGG